AUGAGAGAAGCCGCCGCCGCCGAGCUGGUCCCCCCGCCCGCCUUCGCCGUCACCCCCGCCGCCGCCAUGGAGGAGCCGCCGCCGCCGCCGCCGGGACCCGAGCCCGAGCCCGAGUCCGAGCGCUGCCGGGCGGCGAGGGAGGAGCGCGCGCCGGAGGAGUCCGCCGGCCACAGUUCCCAGUCCGACGCCGAGGACUUUCCGGAGGAAGCCAACGCAGAGAGCCUCGACGGCGCCUCCCCGCCCAGCACCCCCCGCCAGAUGAAGCGCCUGUCGGCCAAGCACCAGAGGAGUAACGCGGGGAGGCCCGCCGGCCGGUCCGCCGUGAAAGAAAAAAUGAAUGCACCAAACCAGCCUCCACACAAAGACACUGGAAAAACUGUUGAGAAUGUGGAGGAAUAUAGCUCUAAGCAGGAGAAGAAGAUCCGAGCGGCGCUUAGGACAACAGAGCGCGACCAUAAGAAGAAUGUGCAGUGCUCAUUCAUGUUGGAUUCAGUGGGUGGGUCAUUGCCCAAAAAAUCAAUUCCAGAUGUGGAUCUUAAUAAGCCUUACCUCAGUCUUGGCUGCAGCAAUGCUAAGCUUCCGGUCUCCGUGCCCAUGCCGAUAGCCAGACCUGCACGCCAGACUUCUAGGACUGACUGUCCGGCAGAUCGCUUAAAGUUCUUUGAGACUUUACGACUUCUGCUAAAGCUUACCUCAGUCUCAAAGAAGAAGGACAGGGAGCAAAGAGGACAGGAAAAUACGUCUGCUUUCUGGUUUAACCGAUCUAAUGAACUGAUCUGGUUAGAGCUACAAGCCUGGCAUGCAGGACGGACCAUUAAUGACCAGGACCUCUUUUUAUAUACAGCUCGUCAAGCCAUCCCAGAUAUUAUCAAUGAAAUCCUCACUUUCAAAGUUAAUUAUGGGAGCUUUGCCUUUGUUCGAAACGGAGCUAGUUUUAAUGGUACUUCAGUAGAAGGGCAGUGCAGGGCCCCUCACGGAACCAAGGUUGUGGGUUACUCAACAUAUCACGAGCACCUCCAACGCCAGAGGGUGUCAUUUGAGCAGGUGAAACGGAUAAUGGAGCUGCUGGAGUACAUAGAAGCACUUUAUCCAUCGUUGCAGGCGCUUCAAAAGGACUACGAAAAAUAUGCUGCAAAAGACUUCCAAGACAGGGUGCAGGCACUCUGUUUGUGGCUGAACAUCACAAAAGACCUAAAUCAGAAGUUAAGGAUUAUGGGCACUGUUUUGGGCAUCAAGAAUUUAUCAGACAUUGGCUGGCCAGUGUUUGAGAUCCCUUCUCCUCGAUCAUCCAAGGGCAACGAGCCGGAAGAUGAGGGUGAUGACACAGAAGGGGAACUGAAAGAGCUGGAGAGUAGUGCGGACGAGAGUGAAGGAGAACAGACCUCGGGUCCGAGGGCCCCGGCACCCUCACGGCCCGUUGACUGCGGUGUCAGCAUCCGCUCGCAGGGCCGCGUGUCUAAGAAGCCUGAGAGGCUCGAGUCUGAGGAUGAUUCUGUUGGCUGGGGAGCCCCAGACUGCAGCCCAGAAACAGGCUUUAGCAGACAUUGUCUGACUUCUAUUUAUAGACCAUUUGUAGACAAAGCACUGAAGCAAAUGGGGUUAAGAAAGUUAAUUUUAAGACUUCACAAGCUGAUGGACGGUUCCUUGCAAAGGGCCCGUAUAGCACUGGUAAAGAGUGACCGUCCGAUGGAGUUUUCCGAAUUUCCAGACCCCAUGUGGGGUUCAGAUUAUGUGCAGUUAUCCAGGACCCCGUGUUCCUCGGAGCAGAAAUGCAGCACUGUGUCGUGGGACGAGCUUCAGUCCAUGGACCUGCCCUCGUUCGAACCCGCCUUCCUAGUCCUCUGCCGGGUCCUUCUGAAUGUCAUACACGAGUGCCUGAAGUUAAGAUUGGAACAGAGACCUGCUGGAGAACCGUCUCUCUUGAGUAUUAAGCAGCUGGUGAGGGAGUGUAAAGAGGUGCUGAAGGGCGGCCUUCUGAUGAAGCAGUACUAUCAGUUCAUGCUGCACGAGGUUCUAGACGACCUGGAGAAGACCGACUGCAACAUCGAUGCCUUUGAGGAGGACCUGCAUAAAAUGCUGAUGGUGUAUUUUGAUUACAUGAGAAGCUGGAUCCAAAUGCUACAGCAGUUACCUCAAGCAUCCCAUAGUUUAAAGAAUCUGUUAGAAGAAGAAUGGAAUUUCACCAAAGAAAUAACCCAUUACAUCCGGGGAGGAGAAGCACAGGCCGGCAAACUUUUUUGUGACAUCGCAGGAAUGCUACUGAAGUCGACAGGAAGUUUUCUAGAGUUCGGCUUACAGGAGAGCUGCGCCGAGUUUUGGACCAGUGCCGACGACAGCAGCGCUUCAGACGAAAUAAGGCGGUCUGUGAUAGAGAUUAGUCGGGCGCUGAAGGAGCUCUUUCACGAGGCCCGAGAAAGAGCCUCCAAGGCCCUGGGAUUUGCCAAAAUGUUGAGAAAGGACCUGGAAAUAGCAGCAGAGUUUGUACUUUCAGCCCCAGUCAGAGACCUUCUUGAUGUUCUGAGAUCAAAACAAUUUGUUAAGGUACAGAUUCCCGGCUUGGAAAACUUGCAGGUGUUUGUCCCAAACACUCUCGCUAAGGAGAAGAGCAUUAUUUUGCAGCUACUCAAUGCCGCCGCAGGAAAGGACUGCUCCAGAGAGUCCGAUGAUGUUCUCAUCGAUGCGUAUCUGCUGCUAACCAAGCAGUGUGACCGCGCCCGGGGUGCUGACGACAGCUGGGCCGCGUGGGAGGCACAGCCCAUCAAGAUCGUGCCUCAGGUGGAGACCGUUGACACCCUGAGAAGCAUGCAGGUGGAUAAUCUUUUACUGGUUGCGAUGCAGUCCGCCCGUCUCACAGUCCCGAGGAAAGCUUUCCAGCAGUGCAUCGAGGGGCUCAUGGCGCUGCGCCAGGAGCAGACAUCCAGCCAGCCGCUUGUCGCCAAGGCUUUGCAGCAGCUAAAGAAUGACGCGCUGGAGCUUUGCACCAGAAUAAGCGACGCCAUUGACCGAGUGGGCCACAUGUUCACGUCGGAAUUUGACGCGGAGGUGGAGGAGCCGGAGUCUGUCACGCUGCAGCAGUACUACCGGGAAGCAAUGAUUCAGGGCUACAACUUUGGGUUCGAGUAUCAUAAAGAAGUUGUUCGUUUGAUGUCUGGAGAGUUUAGACAGAAGAUAGGAGACAAGUAUAUAAGCUUUGCCCGGAAGUGGAUGAACUAUGUCCUGACUAAAUGCGAGAGCGGUCGAGGUACAAGACCCAGGUGGGCAACCCAAGGUUUUGACUUUCUACAAGCCAUUGAACCUGCCUUUAUUUCAGCUUUGCCAGAAGAUGACUUCUUGAGUCUUCAAGCCUUGAUGAAUGAAUGUAUUGGCCAUGUGAUCGGAAAGCCACACAGUCCUGUUACAGCCAUCCAUCGGAACAGUCCCCGUCCCGUGAAGGUGCCGCGAUGCCACAGUGACCCUCCUAACCCACAUCUGAUUAUCCCGACCCCAGAGGGAUUCAGCACUCGGAGCGUGCCUUCAGACGCACGGAGCCACGGCGGCCCUGCCGCCGCCGCCACUGUGGCUGCCGCCAGCCGGCCCGGGCCCUCCGGCAGCGACGCUGCGCCGCCCAAACCCAUCAGCAGUGCCCAUGACACCAGGGGUUCCAGCGUCCCUGAGAAUGACCGGCUGGCUUCCAUCGCUGCAGAAUUACAGUUUCGGUCCUUGAGCCGCCACUCGAGCCCCACCGAGGAGCGCGAUGAACCAGCAUAUCCAAAAGGUGAUUGCAGUGGGUCAGCUCGAAGAAGUUGGGAACUUCGGACACUUAUCAGCCAGACUAAGGACACUGCUUCCAAACAAGGACCCAUAGAAGCUAUCCAGAAGUCGGUCCGAUUGUUCGAAGAAAAGAGGUAUCGAGAAAUGAGGAGAAAGAAUAUCAUUGGUCAAGUUUGUGAUACCCCUAAAUCUUAUGAUAAUGUUAUGCACGUAGGCUUGAGGAAGGUGACCUUCAAGUGGCAAAGAGGAAACAAAAUUGGGGAGGGGCAGUAUGGAAAGGUCUACACCUGUAUCAGUGUUGACACCGGCGAGUUGAUGGCUAUGAAGGAGAUUCGGUUUCAACCUAAUGACCAUAAAACUAUCAAGGAAACUGCAGACGAGUUGAAAAUCUUUGAGGGCAUCAAACACCCCAAUCUGGUUCGGUAUUUUGGUGUGGAGCUGCACAGAGAAGAAAUGUACAUCUUCAUGGAAUACUGUGACGAGGGGACAUUAGAAGAAGUGUCAAGGCUGGGACUGCAGGAGCACGUCAUCAGGCUGUAUUCGAAGCAGAUCACCGUUGCGAUCAAUGUCCUCCACGAGCAUGGCAUAGUUCACCGUGACAUUAAAGGUGCCAACAUCUUCCUCACCUCAUCCGGACUCAUCAAGCUGGGGGAUUUCGGAUGCUCGGUAAAGCUCAAAAACAACGCACAGACCAUGCCGGGUGAAGUGAACAGCACACUGGGGACCGCAGCAUACAUGGCUCCGGAAGUCAUCACUCGCGCAAAAGGAGAAGGCCACGGGCGUGCCGCUGACAUCUGGAGUCUGGGGUGCGUCGUCAUCGAGAUGGUGACUGGCAAGAGGCCUUGGCAUGAGUAUGAACACAACUUCCAGAUCAUGUACAAGGUGGGCAUGGGGCACAAGCCACCGAUCCCGGAAAGAUUGAGCCCCGAAGGAAAGGACUUCCUUUCUCACUGCCUUGAAAGUGAGCCCCGGAUGAGAUGGACGGCUAGCCAGCUCCUCGACCACGCCUUCGUCAAGGUUUGCACAGAUGAAGAAUGAAGCUCGCCGGUCCGUGGCCUGGCAGUGUGUGUGCUCGGAGAGUCCUCUCAAUCACUACUGUAUGUAAUAUUUACAUAAAGACUGUGCUGAGAAGCAGUAGCCUUUUUAACCUUCCAAGACUGAAGACUGCACAGGUGACAUGCGUCACUUCUUCUGCUGCUCCUGUUUGUUUGAUGUGGCACGGGGCCCCUCCGAGUGACGGUGUCCGCGAGGUAAAGAAGCUGCAUGUUAAGUGCCAUUACUACUGUACACGGACCAUCGCCUCUGUCACCUGUUUCUCGUGUGGCUGAGAACCGUGACAUCAGUGUAGUAUUUUUGACCUUCCCGGGUUCAAAAGCAGUUGUAGUGUUAUCAGGUGUCCUGGGCCUGUUGUUAAACUCUUGUUUGUCGAGUGCACUGACUGUGAAACCUUACCUUUUUGUUGUUGGCAAGCCGCAGGCUUGUUACGCAAAGGCUGAUUAAUGAAAUUUCAGAAAAAGGUUCUUUUUUCAAUAAAUGGUUUAUUUUAGGAAA